CAAGACAUUUACAGUCACUGUGACAUCAAUAAUUUCAGGAAUGCUUGAAAAGUUGUUAUUUAUUAUAUCGAAUUAGUGGUGAUAAAGAUUUAUAAAAAUGAAUCCUUGCAAAUUAAAAGAACCAAAAGUCAUAGACAAUGCCCUUCUGGAAAAAUGCAUUAAAGAUCAAGGUCCUAAAGGUGAAGCAGGUCGUUUGGCGGAGAUCGAAAAAAUACCUCUUGAAGAUGUUACAGAAAUUCGAUUGGAAUUUUUGAGUAAUACGUUCUUAAUUGACCAUUUGUGGGUCUUAAACUCUUUAACAAAAUUAAAUCUCAACAAUAAUUUAUUAGAAAAAAUAGAAAAUUUGGAAAGUUUGGUGAAUUUAAUUGAAUUAAACUUAUCAUUCAACAAAAUCGCUAGAAUCGAAAAUUUAGACGAGCUUCGAAACCUUGAAAAAUUAAGUUUGUAUGAAAAUGAAAUCACCGUUUUGGAAAACAUGGACACUUUAACAAAAUUAACAGUUUUUAGUAUUGGAAGAAACAAGAUUGACGACUUGGAUAACAUUUUGUAUUUGCGGCGAUUCGGCAAUUUAAAAUCAUUAAACUUAGUGGGGAAUCCCUGUGCCGAAGAUGAAGAUUUUCGUUUAUUCAUUGCAGCUUUUUUACCGCAACUCGUUUACUACGAAUAUAAAUUAAUCUACGAUUCAGAACGGGAACUUGGACAAGAAACUUUCAGUGCAAAACUACGAGCAUUGUUGGAGAAAGAAGAACAAGAACGGGAAAUUACAGCCCUUCGGGAACAAGAGUUGGCCGAUGCCGAACUUCACGCCUCCAGUUUUGUGGAGUAUUUAAACACUCGUCAUCUGUUCGACUCCUUAUUUGCAAAUGACACUGAUGGAGUAAAUUUGUUGGAAAUCGGUGAAGACGCGCAAGAAUUCUUUGACGAAUACGAAGAGAACUUCAUGGAAUUGUGUAAACAGAUAUUUGAAAAUGGCCAGCAGCAGUAUGUUCUUCGCAAGACCGAAUAUGAUCAGUUCUUAAAAUGCGUUGAAGACGCAAACAAGGACAAUCAAGAUGAAAGCAUUAAACACAUGGAGAUAUUUCUGGAGAAGAAGGCAAUAGUGUUUCUAAAAAUAAAAAACGUACAAAACCAAUUAAACUCAAAUGAAAUUAAUUAUGACGAGUUUAUAGACAAAUGCGAUGCAUUCGUGGUGGAGUAUGAUGAAAUGUUACACGAAGUUUGGAAAGCGCUGAUGAAAUUAGAACUAGAACUUUACGAACAAAUGGAAGAGGUCAACCAAACUUUUGAACACAACAUAACAGAGCUUGUUAAUAAUUUCAUUGAAUCAUCGCAAGCUUUUUUCACUCAAAUUAGAGAGCUGGAAGUGAGCUACGCUGAAAAUAUUGGUGAUUUGGCUACCAAGUUUCAAACAAAUGCCAAUUUGAAUGAAGAAAUUGAAGUACCCACAGUUCUCAAACCGCUUAUGGCAGAUAAAGAUCUUUUACACAACGCAUUAGCAACAAGUCACGAUAUGCACAUGCAAAUUAUUGAUACGAGAGAAGACACGUUGAUUUCUAACGCCAAGGAUUGGCUAAAUGAUUUAAUCGAGAAUUUAAACACAGAUGAGAUCAAACGCAACAGAGGCAAGGUACUGGAAAUCAAUCACUUUCUUGAAAUCCAAAAACAAGAAUUUGAGGAUUUAAAUAAAGAAUACGCGCCUGACCUCGAGGACGAUAUUAUAGCCUUGGAAUAAGUAAAAUAAUAGUGCUUAUAUUUUCACAAAAGUACUUUCACAUACUCAAGCUUUAAUAUGUUUGGUAUAAUAAAUGUUACACUAUUGCAUAAAAAAGUAUUCAAAAAUAGAUUGUAAUUCAAUCAGCUAUAAAAUCGCUAUUUUUGUUUCUGCUUCAAUGAUUGCAGAUACAUUUCUAAUCCUUUUUGCACACUUUCCUGAGAGACGAA